ACCUCAGGGGAACCUGACUGCGCUCCCAGAAGCCUCCGGUGCGACUCGCUGGGAACGCACUUCCUGGGACGCUGAGGAGGAGACGGCCGGGCAGCUCCUCAGUGUGACCGCGUAAAAUGCCUUGGGUGUGAGAAGCAGACCCAGAACAUCUCUACUCUGUUCAAAUAUGCAUAUAUUCUUCUAAAUUGUUAAGAGUUGUCUUAGAACUACCGAGAACCUCAAAGAGUAAUCUGACUGACAGUACUGCACCAGCCUGCCUGCCAUGGGCUGUCGGGAUGUCCAUGCAGCCACUGUCCUCUCCUUCCUGUGUGGAAUUGCCUCAGUGGCAGGCCUAUUUGCAGGCACUCUACUUCCCAACUGGAGAAAAUUACGACUGAUCACAUUCAACCGAAAUGAGAAGAACCUGACUGUUUACACGGGCCUGUGGGUGAAGUGUGCACGAUACGAUGGAAGCAGUGACUGCCUGAUGUACGACACAACUUGGUACUCAUCAGUUGACCAGCUAGACCUGCGGGUCCUCCAGUUUGCUCUGCCUCUCAGCAUCCUGAUCGCAAUGGGUGCCUUGCUGCUCUGCCUGAUUGGAAUGUGUAACACGGCCUUCAGGUCCUCUGUGCCCAACAUCAAACUGGCCAAGUGUCUGAUCAAUAGUGCAGGCUGCCACCUGGUGGCUGGGCUGCUGUUUUUCCUGGCAGGUACUGUGAGCCUCUCCCCAUCCGUUUGGGUCUUCUUUUAUAACACCCAUUUGAACAAGAAGUUCGAGCCAGUCUUUACAUUUGACUAUGCAGUGUAUGUCACUAUCGCUAGUGCCGGGGGCCUCUUUAUGACUUCCCUUCUGCUGUUUAUCUGGUAUUGUGCAUGCAAAUCUUUGCCUUCUCCCUUCUGGCAGCCAUUGUACUCCCAUCCUCCCAGUAUGCAUACUUACUCACAGCCCUAUUCAGCACGCUCCCGCCUCUCUGCCAUUGAAAUUGACAUUCCAGUAGUUUCACACACCACCUAAAGGGGAUAUAGUUAAAGAAAACUUCUUGUAGCCUCACAUAUUCCUUGUGCAAGGAGCUAUUUUGGACCUGUAUACAUUUUCUUUUCAUUUCUGACCAGUCAAUGAAGCCAAAUUUGUAUGUCCUGGUAGAAUGAAGUGCUGCUAGUUUUUAUGAGAAGUACAUUAUUUUCAAUGUGAAUCAUUCCUUUUAUCUUGCUUCUUACACUAGAAGGAUUUUUAACCUUCAUAUUGAUUUAUGAUAAGUUUAAGUGGAAAGGUCGUUCGUCUCCACUGAGGUUGUUUAGAGCAACAGGGUUAAGUCAGAAAUGAUGGCUAAGAGAAGGUAUUGUCCACAAUCUUUGUGACUAUUUCAGAAUAUGUAGUGUACUUUUUUCUAUAAUACCUUAAAACUGGAAAAAAUGUAAUUUCAGCUAUAAGAAAUUUCUGUCUGGUAAGGGUAAUAUUUUAACAUUAAUCAGUCUGCCAGUUUAAAGCUAUAACUUCUCUCUUGAUCUAAUUGUACUAAAUAGGGUUUGAUAUUUUGAAGAUUAUUUUCUUCUGUGAGUUCCUUAUCUUCUACCUCAUGACAGUGUUUUAAAAAUAAAACGCAUUUUAAAUGAUGUUAGAGAAUAAGCCUAACAUUUUAAAUAUCUACUACUACAACUAAUACUUAACACAAUUUUAAAAGCUAAUGAUUCUAUAAAUUGUAUUAUUGGAGUUAAAAUAUGCCAAUAUAAAUUGGUGCUUCCUCUGAGGCAGAAAAGUCUUUUUUUCCAGAUGUAAUCUGCCAAGUGGUACUCAUGUCCAUAUCAAAUCUCUUAGUGACUAAGAGAAAUAAAUAAAGAGGCCGAAGAAAUUCAUUUUCUUUUAGAUAGUGGUUGGGGGCAGACAUCUGUUCUUGAGUAACAACUUCAGAGGAACACUCUGAUGACUGCCUUUGGAGUGAUGGGUGAAAUAAGGCAAGACUUUGCCAUGACCACAUUCACCAUUGAUUCACUUCCUGCCCCCAUCACAGAUUAUUUCCUGAGCAUUUAUCUUUGCCCAACACUUUAGUAGGUGCUAUAGAAGAUAUAUGAAGAAGUAUGAGAUCUGGUCCCAUCCAGUGAGCAAUUUUAAUCUAAUAGAGAUCAUCAAAUUCUGUUAUCUGACAUGGAACUGUCUGACUUCAUUGGCAUCUGGUCUUAAUUUCUCAAUCAUUGAUGCAGUAACGUAUUUCAAUUAUAGAGACAUGACUUUUUGGCAGCUGACUUAUUACACAAUACCAACGUUAUGCUGUGACUUAGAAGUUUAAUUCAUUGGAUCCUACUUUGUUAUUUGAACACCUACUUUAACUGUUUUAAUAAUUCUAUGUCAUAUUCAUGAGAAUGGGCAAAAGUGAUAAGGAAAUUAAAUUGUUCAUUUUUAUCUGUGAAACUGAUGUAUUAAAGAGGGAAGAGUAUUUAAAAUCUCUUUUCUAAUGGGGUAACAUUUAGUUGAAAUCAUGUUAACACUGAGAUGAAGCUUAGAAAUUCAGGGAUAUUGGAUAUUUUAUUAAUUUGAGCUGCUUAAUUGAUGUAAUUUGUUCCAUAUAUUCGUAAGGAUUUUGUUCUGUUAACCAUUACAGAUUUCACAAAUAGCUAGUUGCAUGGUAAACAGAUUAUGCUUCUUUUGCAAAUCUGAAUAUGAUUCUAAUACUUUCGUAGAUGUGAUACUUUCUCCCCCCUAAUUCCAACACUAGUUUGUGUAUAUAACAAAUAAAUCCAUCUGUGUAACUUUGACAUGCCAUCAGUAGAAAGCAUGCAAGGCUAUGGUGAUUUCUUACUUCUAGCUUCUGAUUUCUAUUAGUUCUGUCCCUUUAACUCUUCUUAGAAAAACUUGAGUUUUGAUCAUCCCAAGAUGAUGGCAGGUAGGAUUUUGAGAUUAAUAUUAAUUUGCCCUCUUCACUAAUUUUAGUUCCCUCUCUCACUUGAUUUGUCCAGAAGUAUCAAGAAUUCCACCUUUCUCCUGUUCCUUGUAUAAUCAAUAUUAAAGAAAAGUGGAUUCAGCCAUUAAACACUAGACAUGAGAUCAUAAAUAUUAAUGUUAAGCUCUCCCUGUAGGAAUCUUUUGGUUCCUAAUCCAUAGCCUCAAAUUCAUAUUUAUUAGGGAUUUGCUUGGAAAAAGAAACAGAGUUUCCCUUAUUGUCUUUAAUAUUUCAGAUUUGCUGUCAGCAGCUUUCUUCAAGGCCAUCAAAGGAAAGCAAGUAUUUAUAAUUCUUUUUAAUAACUUUUGAGCACUCAAGAUCAAGCUAUUCUUGUGAUGGGGUAAUAAUCUUUUUUUGUUAUUACAAGCCUAUUAAUAUUAAGGGCCUUUUACAAAAGCCAGCUUGGAAAACAACCCUAAAUGUAGUGUGAUGUACCAGAUUUGGUUUACCCAGCCAUGAGAGGAAAAAAAUCCUAAGUUUACUUUACUUGUAAAUAUACACUAUAACAGAUUAUAUGUUUGCUGUAAACCACAAUGUAAAACCUCACUGUACUGUACUGUACAAUGUAAAACUAAACUGCACUGUACUUCUUGAUGUUUAUUAAAAGAUGUAUUUUUACAAGUUUCUGUUUCUUCAUUUUCCAUGAUGUUUUAAGGUGAAAUAUUUUGAGAUAUGUUUCUCAAAUAUAUGUAAAUUGAAGAAGACACAGUCUCAUUUAAAGUCCUCAAAAUAACAAUUGGAAAAGAGUUGGAAAACACGAAUUUACUAUUCUAGUACCAUUCUAAGAGUGAUCCUAGGUAUUCACUGAAUCAUUUUAAUCACAAAAAAAAGCAUUGAACGAAAUCAGGUGUGUUGGAUUUACCUCAUCAACGGGGUUUCCAAUGGUCUAUGAUCUUGGAGAGUGGGAGUUCUCAGUUGGUUAAGUAGCAGGACCUUU